AGUGACUAAACCUUAUUCUUGUAAAAAAAAGUGACUAGACUUGUGACUCUUCCUCCCUUCAAAAAAAAAAAAUAUGAAGAGAAUUUUUAUCUUUGCUUCCAUUUUCUAUACAUUACUUCUUCUCUCAAACGGUGACAAUGAUUAUUCACCAUCAACCACACCAGCUUCGGAUUGCUCUGCCAUAGUAUAUGAUGUGCUUGAGUGCAUUCCAUAUUUGAGUGCUGGGAGUGAGCAAACAAAGGUAGAUGCUUUAUGUUGUUCCUCAUUUGAAGCAGUUCUGGAAAUAAGCCGGGAAUGCAUUUGUGUAGCCCUAAGGGGUAGUCGUGAACUUGGUCUUACCUUGAAUAUUGCAAGAGCGAUUGCUUUGCCUUCUGCUUGUGGCUCAUCUGUUCUUUCCUUUACUGAUUGUGACAUUCUCGGGUCUCCCAUGACACCCCCUGUUAACCCUCCAAAUUCGUCACCAACGGCUCCAAGCCCAUCACCUCCAGAGUAUACUCCUCCAAGCUCACCAACUACUCCAAGCCCAUCAUCAUCAAAAUCUACUCCUCCAAUCCCAGGCCCACCGGAGUUUACUCCUCCAAGCUCAUCACCAUCAAACCCUACUCUUCCAAGCCCCAACCCACAAAAGAAAACUCCUCCAAGCCCAUCACCACUAGAUUAUGCUCGUCCAAGUCCAAGCUCACCAAAGACUACAUUUCCAAUCCCAUCACCACCAAAGAAUGCUCCACCUCCAAUGUUGCCAAAACCACCAACUCUAGUGCCACCAAAUUCAAAUACUCCAGUUCCAGCAUGCUCAAACAACAACACUAAAGGAGGAAUGUUUGCUCGAGCUCCUCCAGUCUCAUCCCCAGUAGUACAUGCUGGAACCUAUUCUACAUCAGUUUCAUUUGUUAUUCUUGUUAGUAUGCUUAUUGCUACAUUUUCCUGUAUCAUGGUGUAGGAUAUGAUCAUCAUUUUUAUUAUGUUCCACGCUUUUUUAUUUUUUUUUGAGAAUGUGUUCCAUGCUUUUUUAGGCUGUGUAAUUGGAACUAGUUUCUUCAAUUUGUUAUAAUUGUUGGCA